UCACAGGCUAUUGUGAAUCGGAGGCCAGCGGCCCCACAAUGCCAGGCGGGGGAGCCCCUCUCUCAGCUACACGCCACAGCAUCACCGCCUCGCCUCACUGAGAAGGACAGAGAGGAGAGCAAUGCGAAGGGAUGUAAGAUGGCAGAGCUACAAAUGCUAUUAGAGGAGGAAAUCCCUGCCAGUAAAAGAGCCCUUGUAGAAAGCUACCAGAACCUGUCCAAGGUUGCGGAAUACUGUGAAAACAAUUAUGUUCAGGCUCAAGACAAGAAAAAGGCCCUGGAGGAGACCAAGGCCUAUACCACCCAGUCUCUGGCCAGCGUGGCCUACCAGAUCAACGCCUUAGCUAACAAUGUGCUGCAGCUGCUGGACAUCCAGGCCUCGCAACUGCGACGCAUGGAGUCCUCCAUCAACCACAUCUCCCAGACGGUGGAUAUCCACAAGGAGAAGGUGGCACGUCGAGAGAUCGGCAUCCUGACCACAAAUAAGAACACCGCACGCACCCACAAGAUCAUCGCCCCUGGCAACAUGGAGCGGCCGGUGCGCUACAUUCGAAAGCCCAUCGACUACACACUGCUGGACGAUGUGGGACACGGCGUCAAACAACAUGGGAACAAUGCGGCAGGAAGGGGAGGGACACUUUCCAGGACCACCCCACCCUCACAGAAACCCCCAAGCCCCCCCAUGGCUGGUCGCGGUACCCUGGGGCGUAACACUCCCUACAAGACCCUGGAGCCAGUGAAGCCUCCAGUGGUGCCCAAUGACUACAUGACGAGCCCCGCCCGACUGGGCAACCAGCACAGCCCCGCACGCACAGCCUCCCUCAACCAGAGGCCCAGGACACACAGUGGCAGCAGUGGCGGAAGUGGCAGCAGGGAGAACAGUGGAGGCAGUGCAGUUGGUAUUCCACUCGCAGUUCCCACCCCCUCCCCUCCCAGUAUGGGGCAAGUGGUGACGUCCUCUGCCUCGGUGCCCCAGGGCCCCGGCUUGGGUCCAAUACCCAUGUCCCAGUUCGGCACCAUCUCCCGCCAGAUCUCCCGUCACAACUCUUCCACCACCUCCUCGGCCUCCAUGGUGUCGGCCACUGGCACCUACCGCCGCGCACCCUCCGUCUCAUCCCAGCAGCCCCACAUCAACGGUGGUCCGGCCUACCCACAGAACUUGGGACAAGCAUCUUCCUUGGCACAGAUGGAGGAGGCUGUUUGUCUUGUCUGGGAGGAGAGAGACAAUGAUGCAGAGCUGCAUCAACCAGGGUCUGUAACUGGGGCAGCGUAUGAUCUCUGUGAUGUCUGCUCAUUUAAAUUUAAUUCAAGUAAAAUAUACUGGGAUUUCUGGUGGAUGUAAUGGCAGAAAAAGCAUGAGGGAUUUCAUUGAUCUCUCGGGUGUAGCUGUGGAUGGAUGUGACUCUGCGGUGUGAGUAGAGUGGAAUAAUAAGCCCAGUGAGUUUACAGACGCCAUUCCAUGUGAUUUAUGAGUCAGACCUGGCGUGCACUGGUGUGACAUCAUGUCUUCAUCUGUCAGACAAGCAGUGCUUGUCUGUUUGUCUCUUCAUUUUUCUCCUUUAAAGAAACUGGAGCAAAAAGUCCUGUUCUAGAGGCAGAAGGUGGCGAUUGUGUGGAUGCUAGGCUGUCCAGUAGAGAGUGAACUAAAUGUAGCACUCAAUCCAGACAUACCACUCUAAUUCAUAUACAGAUGCUGCAGCUCUCCCUGUAAAUGCUUUUUUUGAGAACACACAUCCCUGCCAUGUUACAGCGCCCGAGCUUCCACCUUGCAACUCAUGUCUUUAGGCCUGUGUAGUGCUUUGCAGCUCUUGCAUUGUAGCAGAAACAUAUUGCUAGCUACGGCCUUUCACUCUUGAUGUUAAACGGAUGCCGAUGAGGUAGAUUUCCUAACUGAGAUGAGACGAAUGCCUCCUUAAACGAAGGAAACAAUAGAACAAUGAUUGGAAAUGUGUGAAAGAGUUGCUCAGCAAUGCUUUCUGCACUCACAAGCUGUUUGUUUUCUUAAAUUCACCUCUCUUUCUGCAUUCUGUGUUUGGACUUCAUCUCCUCUGUAAUGUUUAUUUGCUCUUCGCUUGACGUUGCCUGUCUCCCUGUCCAACACCUCCAUCUCUCUCUGUCUCUCUGCUGCUUCGUCUGCCUCUCUGGGUGUUGCUGCUCCAGUGUCUGUGGCUCCUCCGCCUCCUCCUCCAAUGGUUCAGCUGACCCCACAGAUCCCUCUGACCGGCUUUGUUGCCAGAAUGCAGGAGAGCAGUAAGUAGAAAAUCCAUGUAAAACAUGCACAUGCACCGAGUUAAGCAGAUAUACAUGUGUGAGUUCAAUUAAACCCAUUAUAUAUUAUACACACACUCACUUAUGCACAUACAGGCUGUGUGUUUCCAAAUAUCUCAGUAUUCAAUUCACAUUCUUAUAGAGAUGACUCUUUACAUUCACAUCCACACUCUGAGACAGUUACGACCACACAGUUGCACAAAACACACACACAGUAUACACUGUAGGUGGGGCUGAAUAAAAAAACUGAAUUAAUUGAAUGACCUACAUUAAAAAUCUCUGAACGACCUAAAUUGACUCCAAUCAAAUUUUCACCGAAUGUACUGAAAUAAUGCAGAACGGUAAAUCCAUCUUGAUACAGAUCUUCAGUCAUAUUGGUCGUAUUUUAUGUCUCCGUGAAUGUGGCCAUACAAACCUAGAGAAACACCUUUCAUCAAUGCUCUGAAGCAUCCACACGUAGCCUCACUUUUACACUCUUCCCCGUGGCUUGCUUCACUCGGCACACCUUUUCGUGCACUGUAUUUGGGGUCGAGGGGGAGCACACGCCCCUCGGCUGAAUGUCUGUUGCCAUGGUGAUGGAUCACGGAAAGCGUGCAUCCCGUUCUUUCUGUCCACUGAGGAGAGAAAAUGUGACCUGAUGCCGUGUGCUGAUUCACCCAUCAGCCUGUCUGUGUUUGUCCGGUCAAACGUGAUGCAGACUGCCGGCCUGCUGCACCACCAAAGAAUGCAAUAUGUCUUAAACCAAGUUUAUGGUCUCAAGCCGGUAAUUAGCACAUUUUGAUACAAAGAAUUGUGAACCUAUAUUCAUUAAGCUUUUGCCUCGUAUUCUUCUAAACAGACAGAGGCACACAGGAAGUGAAGCAUGUCACAUUUCCCACCAGAAACAGGGAUUGCUAUCCAAAUAGAAGAAGCAGUGGCUAGUUAGUAUGACCAGUGAUAGCCCCCCUCCCAAGAAAUGCUGAUCUCAUAUAUAAUCACUUUAAACACAUGCUUUUCAAAUGUUUUUAAGAGUGAAUUUCUGUCUGCCUGAAUUGUAAUUUACUAUUAAUACAGAUUUUUUGUCAGAUGUAUUUCCCGCCAACUACAUAGCAUGCUGAGACUAAAUGUAACGUAUGUUGUGUUUACACAGACCUUAAAGGGGCAAUGGACCGGACUAAUAAAAUGCAAGACAGCUUUUAUUAUAUCGUGAAGCAUUUUCAGCUCUUAAUGCUAAAGAAUAUUAAAAUGUAGUUGUUUAACCAGUAGAUAAAAAGGUAUGUAUGCAGUUCUCUGGUUCCUUAUGCAGUUUGUUUAAUUCAAGAGCAGGCUUAUGAAUUAGUUACACAAGGAGGUGCCGUUUUUCUUUCAUCUCUGGACUUGAAUGUGUUUAAGUAGCACUAGUGGAAGAGUGUCAGGACCUUGUGUGAUUUAUUUAUUAAGCCAGUAAAACACAUAUCCAGCCAAUAGACCACCUUGUCCUUGUAUAUGCAGACCACUUAGUAAAAUUAAAUACGAGAGGCUGAAACAUCCAUUUUAGGCACCAAGAGUAAAAAAAUUAAAAAAAAAACUUAAUAGAUAGUCAUUUGGAAAUUCUUGGUUUAAAUGGGGUGACAAAUACAAUGAAGGGUGCUAUUAGCAUAUGUAUUUCUUUUUUUACCAACAAUACUAGCAGGGCUGUAGCUGCCAUUGAGAACAGAAGUCUGGGGUUAAGCCACCUGGGGGGGUUGUAUUCCACAGUGUUUUAGACUGAACAUGAUUUCAUUGGACAUAGGUUAAGAAACAAAUACACUAGUAGUAGUAGUGACCCGGCGCUGCCCUCUAGUGGACAUUUAAGUGCAUAAGUCGCCACAGUAACAGGGUCCAUAAAGGUUUUUGUUGGUCUCUAUAAUGGUUGUCAAUAUGGAAAUAUUAAUUUGACAAUAUCUAUGCACGUUUAAAGUCAAGUCCCAUUGUCCCUCUUCACAGUGAAAUUUUUUUGUUGCAAAAAAUAGUCCAACCCCCCCCCAAAAAAUGAAAUGGAAUGAAUAAAAGAGGGUGUCAAAAAAAAUAACAUUUGGAAGGGAAAUUGAACACAAACUCUGAGAGAGACACAUUUUGAAAUUGGCUGCGCUGACGGAUGAGAUGAGGAGAGCUAACGUGUUAUCUGUGCACUUCUCUCUGAUCCUCCAUCUCCUCCACUGUCUGUCCUCUUUCAGUAACGGACAGCCCCGCCCCGCCUCCUCCGCCUCCCCCAGAGG